UAUGACAUGUGUCAUUUGUAUAACAACCAGCAGUGGAGUAGCAUCUUGAACUCGUAGUCAAGUGAAUCGACAGCAAUGCGGACACACCUUCAGUAUAGACGUCAUAGUAGCGGAGCUUUCUUAUCAGCGUUGUUGCUUUUAACUUUUGACUUAGCGACGUCGUUUGCGUCGCCCAGUGAGCAGACAACCAGUUUUGAGCAGCUGUUCUCAACUGAUCCGAAUAAUGCGGAAAGCAAAACCGUCACACCUCUCUACGAUGAUGAGCAAUUAAAGAAUGUGGCGCAACAGGUUACUCAGAUCAAGAAUGCUAUGAAGAAUAUUUUUCUCCUGCUGGACUCAUACAAUUUGAGAUUGGAUUACAUUAAAAAGUUGUUGGAUGAACGUUUACCAGAGGCAAAGACUAAGCCGCAUGGGAUUGAUGUACGUGGCGAAAUUGGAGAAUCAAUUUCUUUAUCAGUUGCAUCAACUGGUGGUGUAGUUUUUCCGAGCUUAGGUACACAGUCUUCCGCCAGCUCACAAUCUUCAGCAGGCGGCGUUGACGUACCUGUUAUAAGUACACAAUCUUCUGCUGGUGGAGUUAAUAUACCUGCUACCGACUUGUCAUCCUUUAUUGGUGAGGCAUACUUACCAGCUAUUGGAACAAAAUCUUCCGAAAGUGCUGCAGACAUAUCCUCGCGCACAACUGAUUCAUCAACAUGUUAUGAUUGCAAUUCACAAACUUAAUUCUAGACGGGUUUAUAGGACGCUCUUGCAAUAGUUUAGGUGUUAAGCCAAUGAAAAAUAAGAGACAAAUUGUUGAAUAAAUGUGGUUUAAGUGCCUGAAGCUAUAGUUAUGUGGAUAUUCUAUUCUCGAUGUGACUUAAAAAAUAUACUCUCUCAAUUUAUUUAUGUAAUUUUAAUACGAGUACACAGUUUUCUCACAUAUUCGGCAUAAAGUUCACUCGAAUAUCAAAAAUCUAUAUAGAAUAUAUAUGGGGACUCUCGUUAUUCAUGGACUGAUUUCAACUAUUGACACGAUUUUGCUCAAUUUUGGCAAAGAGACACACUUGUUUAUGUAAGGAGCACAUCUCCUUUGAAUUUCUUUAGAAUAUCGGAGAGAUUUACCGAUAUUUUCAAUAAAAAAUUAGCUAAACGAUUUUAGGUUCACAUGUUCAAUAUCUAGGGCCUUGAAAAGUUAAAGACCGAUUUUUGUGAUUUUUAUGCGGGCUAUUCUAUAGAAAUACAGUAUUUCAGAAAAGCUUCGAUAUUUUUACCGAUGCUUCAUUAGAUUGCUAAGUGAACGAAUCAGAUGGGCUUCAAAAUAGUGGAAAGUAGGCGUGGUUGUGAAACCAUUUUCAAAACAAAUCAUUAGGAUACCCGAGAAAUGUUACGAACCAAAUUUCGUUAAAAUUGGUCGAGUAGUUUAAGAGAUAUGGGUUUUGACCCAUAAGUGGGCGGAGCCACGCCCAUUUAGAUUGUGUGUACAAAUUUGAGUAUAGCCCCUCUGUACCAUCUUUACCAUGAAUUUAAGGUUUCUCGUGUUUUUCCCUACUGAAUUAAAGCAUUUUAAUAGUUUUCAACAUAACCCUUG